AUGUGGAAACGUUUUUCUCGAUUUGGUAUUUUAAAAGUUCACAAGCAAACUCAUACAGGUGAGAGGCCUUUCUCUUGUGAAACAUGUGGGAAAACAUUCUUGCGAAUUUAUAACUUGAAUCUUCACAAAAAAGUUCACAGCGGUGAGAAGCCUUUUUCCUGUGACAUGUGUGGAAAAUCUUUCUCUCGUAUUGAUAAUUUAAAUCUACAUAAGAAAAGGCAUGCAGGUGAGAGACCUGUAAAAAAUCAUGCAGGUGAGAGACCUUUCUCUUGUGAAACAUGUGACAAAAGUUUCUCUCGAAUUGAUCAUUUGAAAACUCACAAGAACAUUCACACAGGUCAGAGACCUUUUUCCUGUGACACUUGUGGGAAAAGUUUUUCUCAUAUUGGCAAUUUAAGUAUUCAUAAGAAAAUCCAUACAGGUGAAAGGCCUUUUUCUUGUGAGACGUGUGGAAAAGGUUUUAUAAAUAGUUCGAACUUGAAUGUUCACAGGAGAACUCACACGGGUGAAAGACCUUAUUCGUGUGAAGUUUGUGGGAAAGCUUAUUUCAUCCGCAAUCACUUAAAUGUUCAUCAGAGAACCCACACAGGUGAGAAACCUUUUUCAUGUCAAAUAUGUGGCAAAAGUUUUAUUGAGAAGAGGAAACUGAAUUAUCACAUGAAAAGGAAGCACAGAAGUAAGAAAUAGUCAUUUGAUUCUCACUGGUUAACAAUAUAUAUUCAGAAUUUUCUUAGUUUUUUUUUUGUUGUAUAUUAGAAAAGUGAAAUACUAAUUAAGCUUAAACAUGAGUGGGAGUGAAAGUGGGUUUAACCCGGUUUGUGGGUGAUCGGCUCAUUCUGUAUAGUAGUUUUACUAUCAGAAGGUUUUUUGUUUUUGAAAGCUUCAAGUUGGAAUUUUAUAAUA